UUGUGGUGUCACUUUGCAGACAAGAGUAACAAGCAUCGAUGUGCGGGAGCAGCGCGUGGUCUCCGCUCGUGUCCUCCUCUCACUGCAACAUGAAGGAUUAUUUAUGAGGAUGCGUUGAACCCCAAAGCUGCACUCAGCUCGUCUCUCCCUCUCUCUCUCUCUCUCUCUCUCUCUCUCUCUCUCUCUGUGUCUGCGCCUUCAACCCGAAUAUAAGCAAGAAAAAUCAUGGUCAUCAUCACAAAAGAAAGCUCAAGUUUGGUGCCCAACAAGAGGACGGAUCGGAGUUUUGGAUCAUCGCCGUGGAUGAACUGAAUGUGGACAGAGGGGAAGUCAGCGCAGUUGCAGUGAAAGAAGUGUAGAAGGAAAAAGCAGAGCCGUGUGUGUGUGUGUGUGUGUGUGUGUGUGUGUGUGUGUGUGUGUUUUCUUAAGCGGAGCUCGGAGUGGGGGAUGUUGGGUAGAAGUGGAGGAGCCCCUCGGGGGUGCAGCAACCCCAGCCUGCAGCCCCUCAGAGCCACAAUCCCAUACCAGCUCCAGAGGGGAUCCGCUCUCCUCUGCAGGGAGGUCAAGACUGCUGACAGGACCACGGCUCGCCCGCCGAAACCCACCAUCCGCCGAACUCUGUCUUUGGACGCCAUCGUCGGACCCUAUCUGCACGGCCACUGGCCCAAAGAGGCAGAGAGCCCGGCUGUUACCUGUGUCAAUGACAAGGCCACGCAGACUCCAAAUUCCUGGGCAGAGGAGACCCGAGGAAGGAGAAGCGCCGGCAGACACAAGCGCUCGGCCUCGUGGGGCAGUGCGGAGCACCUGAGGGAGGUCGCCAAGCUGAGGAACCAGCUGCAGAAGCGCUCCCGCCAUGUUCCUCCCCCAGCAGGGUACGAGCUGCCCCACCACCCCCUGCCGGCAGGUCAUGCAGCAGGUGUCACUCAGACGCUGCCUCUGAUGCCGCUGAACAGACUCGCCACACGGCUGCGACGCAGUGUUGAAGGCCUCAACCUAGAGCUGGAAGAGGUGUUUGUUUCUGAGAAACCUGACAAUCAGCAUGAGAUUUUGGAUAUCCCAGAUGGCCACAGGGCCCCUGUCCCCGUGCAGAGAUGCAGCAGUGGCUCUCAGAGUGAGCCCUCCCCCGGCCCCUUGGAUCUGGAUCCUUCCCUCCUCUCUCCUUCUCAGUCCCCCUGUCCUCUAGAUCCAUCGCUUCUGUCUCCAUCAAAUUCCCCUUCUCCAUUGAACCCAUCUCUUUUGUCUCCGUCACAGUCUCCCUGUCCCAUGGGAGAGCCAGAGCCCGUGGACUGUGAGACGGCGUGUCACGCUCCGUCGACGUCGCUCCCUUCGUUUGCGUUGGAUCCUCCUCUGUUGCAGCCCUGCUCCUCCGCUCCUCGUCCCAACAAAACCUACUCCUUCCAGCGCGAGCCGCCAGAAGGCUGCGAGCGAGUACGAGUGUGCGAGGAGGCAAUCUCCAGAUCUGCCUGUCAGGAUGAGCCUCUCCUCCACCAGCCUUCCUGCCCUGACCCCAAUAAAGUCAACUUCACCCCCCAUGGAGGCUCCGCUUUCUGCCCUGUCAGUCUUCUGAAGCCUCUUCUGCCCUCCAUGGACCUCCUCUUCCGCAGCCUGUCAGUCUCUCCGGUCACCGGCUGCCCAGGUCAGGUCCCCCACCAGGCACCUGGGCAUGCAGUAGGUGGGCGUCUGAGCAGAGCCUCCUCUCAGGACUGAACCGCGCUGUACUGCCAGAACCCACACAAACUGGAUAUGGUUUAUAUGCCAUCAGAUACCUGUGGUCACAUGGCUCAUCACUGCUGUAUGGUGCCAUGAUCACUGUGAUCAAAAUAAGAGAUUUUGUGACUCAUACUUUAGAUUAAUUUUGGCCUAAAAUUCGGCUGCUUUACUGAUUAUCUCCACCGUCAGGAAACCAUUUAGCUGACAUUUACAUCAUCGGCACUUAGUAUUCCUCCAUAUGGACUAUGGAUUAAUAAUGUGGAAAAUGCUGAAAAGGUUUUACAGCUGAAUGAGUUUUGAUGUUGUUCUUUUUUAUAAAACCGAAUUGUUUUUUUUAGUUGUGCAUCAGCGGUUCAAACAAAGUCUGAGUCUGCUCGGGAUGUUUUCAUUUCUAAUGUCCAAAUAAGUGAAUUCAGAGGCAAAAACACCAAGCACGUACAACACGAGUAUUACUUUCUUACUACCCUUUACUGUCUGUUGAGCAAAGAAUUGUUAAGUUUAGUUUAAACUUUCAGCUUAAUUUGAGUACUUAAUAUGUUUGUUCCUUAAAUUUCAGGUUUGUUUGUUGGAAAGAAAUAUUUUUGGCCCAAGGUUUAAUAAUGGCCUACUUUUCUACAGAUGUAUUUCAAGGAAGAUAUAUAUAU